AUGCAAGCCAUUAAAUGUGUUGUCGUAGGAGAUGGUGCAGUUGGGAAGACAUGUCUUCUUAUUUCCUAUACCACCAACGCCUUUCCCGGAGAGUAUAUACCAACUGUUUUUGACAACUAUUCGGCGAAUGUAAUGGUCGAUGGCAAGACGAUCUCGCUCGGCUUGUGGGAUACUGCCGGACAGGAAGAUUACGACCGUCUCCGACCUCUAUCAUACCCCCAGACAGACGUCUUCCUGAUCUGCUUCUCUCUUGUGAGCCCCCCGAGCUACGAGAACGUGAGGACAAAGUGGUAUCCCGAGAUCUCCCAUCACGCACCCUCAACUUCCAUCGUUCUUGUUGGCACAAAACUUGAUUUGCGCGAAGAUCCGGCUACUAUUGAGAAGCUGCGAGACCGUCGCAUGGCUCCUAUACAAUAUUCUCAAGGAGUUGCGAUGUGCAAGGACAUCAAGGCUGUGAAGUAUCUCGAAUGUUCGGCACUCACUCAGAAAGGAUUGAAGACCGUAUUUGACGAGGCUAUUCGCGCUGUUUUGAACCCGCCUCCCCAGGUCAAGAAAAGUAGCAAGAGGUCGUGCAUCAUUGCGUAA